GAUCAACUAUUUAAGUUUUAGUUUAGCAUAAAAUGGCUUUGAAAAGGUUACCUAACGAUGUUCAAUCUUUAUUAAGCGCUUCAACUCAAAUUAAUAAUUAUAAAAGAGCGGUCGAAGAAUUGGUUUACAAUUCGCUAGACGCAGAAUCAACAUCAAUAGCGAUAAGGAUAAACAUUCAAGAAGGCACAUUACAAGUCAUUGACAAUGGAUGUGGCAUUACGAAAGUUGAUUUUCACGAACUCGGACAAAGGUACAUGACAAGCAAAGUAGCUAAUAUUUCUUCCCUACAAGCAGCUCCCAAAAAGUACGGAUAUCGUGGUGAGUUCCUAGCUAAUAUAAUAACAGUUUCACAAACUGUUAAAAUCACAUCUCGACAUGAAAGUGCAGAAGAAACAUGGGCUAAAACAUUUUAUAAAGGAAAGGAGAAAAAGUUCUCAAAAAUGACAACGAGGCCUACAAAUGGGACAACAGUUGAUAUAAAAGGCUUUCUUUACAAUCUACAUAUUCAAAAGUCUACAAUCAAUCCUAUUCAUGAUCAGCAAAAUAUAAAAACGCUUCUAGAACAACUUUCUUUAGUGCACAAUCACAUAUCGAUAAGUUUAAGAGAUGACUGUAAAAACGAAAUCAUAUUUAAAAUCCAUAAGAAAAGAGAUAUUUAUCAAACUUUGAUGACCUUGUUUGAUAUUAAAAAUACUGAAGUAGUAGAACUUCAAGUAGAGAAGAAUGAGUAUAAAGUAAAAGGUUUUAUUGGAAAAACAGAUAGUGAUCUUGAUGUGCAUUGGAUUUAUUUAAAUAGAAAAUGUAUACAUAAUAGCAGCAAGUUACAUAAGAUGAUUAAUGACAAUUUCAAAAAAGUAUUACCGAUAAAGGAUCGCCGAAAAGUAAAAUAUAAGAAAGAUGACGACGAAAAUAACUUAUUUAAACAAAAUAUUCCAUUUUAUUUUGCGUUCAUCACGUGUCCAUACAUUGAUUAUGAAAUCAGUUAUACACCAAAGCAAUUAGUGAUAGAAUUUAAAAACUGUCACCCAAUAAAAAAACUGCUAGAAAAGCUUGUUAAGUUUUACGCUGGUGAUAUGAAUUUGAAGGAAAUCAAAGUGCCUAAAAUAAAACCAAACUCUUUUACAAAGGUAGAUAGUAAAGAUGACAAUAAAGACACUAGAAAUCAAGUUGAAAUGAUCAUGAAGAAAAUAUUAGGAAAUAAUACUAAAAAUAUAGAUGUCUCACAGUUGCAAAAAGGCGUCAAAGGUAAACUGAUUAAAAGAAAAAAGAAACUUGCCCAAAAAAUAAUACCAAUUUCGAAGUUGCUAACUGAAGAACAAGCAAAUAUAAAAACACCGGAUCCUAGACAUAUUGUUUUAAGAACUGAUAACAAAAAGUCCCAAGAAGAUGUACAGGAAAAUUCAAAGGCAAUCAAAAAACCCAUUUUUGUUGCUGAUCACAUUCGAACGGAAAAGUUGAAUGUAAAAGAAAAUAGAGUUUUGGAACUCAAACAGAAUAAAACUUACUUGAAACCUGAACAUAAAACUCGACAAAAGAAAAACGUUUCUAAUCCCAAAAAGGAUCCAGAUAAACAAAAACGCAAACAUAAAAUCUCAAAUAUAGAAAAAGUAAAGAAAAUAAAGCAGCAAAAUAAUAAAGAGUAUGGCCAAAAAAGGCUAACAGAAACUGAUUUAAUGUAUGAAAAAAGCAAAAUGGUCGCACAAAGAGCUGAAGAAUUCUUAGGACGUGAUAAAAGAGUUGUUGACACAAGACACGGACUAAAUCCUUCAAGGAAAUACAUGAAUAUCCACUACGAUAAAAUAUUUUUGGUUCCUAAAAACGGUGAGAUGGACAAACGCAAAGUAAUCACAUACAAACCGAAACUUUUUCAAACUACUUAUGAUCUCUUACAAACGAUCGUAACAAGCCAAAGAGAGUUUUUAAGUAGUAAUCGGAAUAUUACAGAAGAGUUUUAUGGUGAAAAUCGUCAUUUUGAUUAUAGGCAUAAGAUUACAUCGAUGUUUAAGCAUGAACUCCCAAAGAGAUAUCCAUUAUCUCACACAUUAAAAUCCAACGAAUGUAUCAAUAUUCAGACGAGUGAACAAAAAAAAUCAUCUCAUAUUACGUACAGCCCAAACAUCAAUGAAUUAUGUGAUAGUUUUACCAAUGAAAAUUGUUAUAAUCAGUCCUCAAGAAUUCCAACAUAUGACCCUGUAUAUUCAGGCAACAUUACUAACAAUGAAAAUUUUGAUAUCAGUUACAACCAUACCAAAACCAUACAAUGUACUUCAAGUGAUUAUUUAGAAAGUAAACUGACAUACGAAAGUCACAAUUACUAUAGAAACGAAUUUACCGAGGAAACUGAAACGACGAGAAAGUCUCUACCGCGAAAACAAAAUAUUCGAUUCAUAUCAAAACAAUCUGAAGAAAAUUUUACUUCGGUUAAUAUUCACAGGCUCAAGUAUAAAAAACAAUCUGAGUCCAAAAUUACAACUAAUAAAAAGAAUCACACAAAACAAAUUGUGAGUAACUCUUCUUUUACGAUCGAAUAUUCUGACAGUAAUGUGAAUGAAUUUAAUUCAGUUUCCAAAAGUGAUUUUGCCGCUAAUGGAACAUAUUGUAUUAAACACACUUCUCAAAAUCAUAAAAUGGAUCAAGGAUUUGGGUUAACUUACCCAGUAUCGCCCUCUAUUCUGCAAUGUAAUGAAAUAAGAGAGCCACAUCAAGCAAUCAAUAAAAGUUUAGUCAUUCAAUCAGAUGAGCUCUUUGACAAGUGCUCAAAUAACGGAAAUUUGGAAAUUGCCACUACGGCGGCAAACAAGAGUGAACCUGACCAAAACAAUUUAAACAUUGUAUUCGUUUCUAAAUCACAGUAUUUUGAUAAUGAUAUAGAACCAUUGAACGUGUGUGAAACAGUCAUGCCUGGAAGUGAUUCAGUAGAAAAUGAAUUUAAAUUACCGUUUCAUGAAAAUAAUCAUCUGAAUGACACCCUUUAUAAUAAUCUGGAAAUGAUUCACGACACUAAUAUGAAUAACGAAAACGAACUAAGCCAUACAAUUGCAAAUCAGGAUGAGGUAAUUGAAAAUACUGAGAAUGUUUCCCGUCACUUUUCAAGUAAAGGUAAUAUAGACCCAAAUAUGGCCUUACAAGGUACUACGAUUAAGUCACAAAUGGGUGAUAAAGAAAAUCAGAGUAAAUAUACUGCACCCGAUGAUGUACUAAUCCAAGGCAUAGAAAUGAGUUUGGGUAAUGAAGUUGGACUGCAGAAUUGUAAUAUGGAAGACAAGAAUUUUAAUUUGAAAAAUAGGCCCCGGUUCAUGCCCAAAGGUAUGUCUCAAAUAUUUGAAAAUUGCCGCACCAAAAAUGCUUGUAAUUAUAUUCUGGACAAGGAUUACUACGAAGAUAGUAUUUAUAACAAUUUUGUACAUGAUGUUCAUGUAAACACUGAAAUAUAUGAACCAAAGAUACAGAAUGUUGAAGAUCUUACGACUAGAGAUAUUCAUAAGUUUCAAAAUAAAGUUAAAAAGAAUAAUGCAUCCUUAAUUUUUGAUGAAAAGUCUUUGAGAAACGCCAAGGUUCUUGAUCAAGUUGAUUGUAAAUUCAUUGCCACAAUCGUAGCAGAAAAAUGUUUGGAAACUGAAGAGCCAACUGAAUAUUUAGUGCUCUUUGAUCAACAUGCUGUACACGAAAGGAUACGACUAGAAAACAAUUUAGCAGAAUACAUACAACAAGACACAUGGAAAAGUACUCCUCUUGAUAACGUCUCAAUGAAACUAUCAAAAGAUGAAAUCCUUUACUUACACAACUAUAAGGACAAGUUUAAUCAACUUGGUCUACAAUGGACAAUAUUAAAUGAAAAUGAAAUUAUGGUCAAUUCUAUACCUAAAGCAAUUCUUGGGAAAAACCCGCGGGAGGUUGAGAAAGUGAUAAAAGCAGUGAAACAUUUAAUCGUUGAAGAAAUCAAUGCGAUAAAAGUGCAAAAAGGUUGUUUAGCUUUAUAUCCAAAAUCUAUAAUGGAUUUGGUUUUCAGUGAGGCUUGUAGAUACGCCAUAAAAUUCGGAGACCAUCUUUCGAAGAACGAUUGCGUUCAGCUGAUACAGUCUUUGUCUGCCUGUAAGACACCGUUUCAAUGUGCUCAUGGCAGACCUGUGAUGGCAGUUAUAAUGGAUAUUAAAAGCAAUAAACAAGAAUAUAAGGUAAAACCCUGUUUUCAUUAAAUACAACGUCAUUGUUAUAAAUCUAUCAACAUGAAAGCCGUAUCAUGCAGUAGAUUCACUUUUUAAAUUGGAAAAUAUA